CAAGACUGCUUGCUUGCUGUUGAUUGCUACAACUGCUGCUGCUGUGCGUCACAACACUACAGCAUCGAGUACAAGCCCCAGCACCCAGUAGAGUCGCAUAACACAAACCAGGCCUUGUUCCGCUCGAUCCAUCGGCCAUACCACCUUUGGUCGUCUCGAUCUCAUCACAUCGCCAAACAACAGCCCUGCUGGCACCCGCAACCAUGUCGGGACACGCUUCACUGCCAUCAAAGCCGGUUGAUGCGCCUCCGUCUCGCUCGCCAGAGCGCGGACACGACGACUCUCGCCCCGGCUUCUCGAGAAGUGGCUUCGCACCAGUGGCUCAUCGCCACGAAGACGUGGCGACCUACUAUGAGAACGCCCCACCUCAACCCAGUCGCGGCUACGAGACCACUCCUGACCGUUGGGAUUCGAGACGCGAAGUUGAGGACCGCUGGGACGGUGACUAUGACCGUAAGCGUCGCCGGUCGCCAUCUCCGUCGUACUCGCACCAGCGCCCACGGAAGCGCUCACCGUCACCUUCGCGGCCGCACCAGUCGCACGCGUUGCCAGACCCAGCCAGCAUCGACUCGCUGUUGACAUUCCGCCAGUUCGCCGAGUGGUUCCGUGCAUCGCACCCCCAGACUGCGCGUUCGGAUGACGAGGACCUCCGCCGCAUUCGCAACGACGUCGAGAGCGGCCUCUUACCAGAGUCGGUCCUGAUUGAGAAGCAUGGAAUGGCCAAGCGCUACGAGCGAUACAGGAAGGAGUACACGUCGAGGCAGCUCUUCACAAUCUACUUGACACAUCGUGACGAAUCAUGGUUCAAGGAGCGCUACUCGCCCUCAUCAGAGUCGGGGGCACUGCGCCGCCGUGUCAACCGUCAGGGUCGAGUGCCCGCCGUGCAGCAGUACAUUGACGAGCUGCGCGAGGGCAAGUGGGACGACAUCAACUUUGACCAGUCUGACGACACAAGAAUUCCGCGCGAUGAGCCAGAGGGAUUGGACCGCGCCCUCGGCGAGGACUCGGCGUGGGACCCUUUACGCAUUGAGGUGCCGCCCCGCCCUGGACAGGUCUUUGUCAAGACCGUUCCUCCUUCCACCUCGCGUCCGGACCUGGAGGGUGUGUUUGCGGCCCACCCCGGCUUCCAGUGGCUCGCAUUGUCAGAGCCUUCUGCGAAGAAGAGCUUCCACCGCGUUGGCUGGGCGCAGUACGAGGACGGUGUGGAUGUUGAGGAGGCAGUCAAGGCCAUUGACGGUUCAAAGGUCGACAACUUUACAUUCCACAUGGGUGUCAAUGCGACCCCAAUCAUUGGACGUAUUCGUGUGACCCCACCUGUGGCCAACACCUUAUACCGCCUCGAGGCCGACGCCGCCAACGCCCGUGACUUGGCGCGCAGGCUGGAGGACGAGCUGCUCGAGGAUGCGACUCCUGCACCAGAAGCAGAAGGCGAGGCCGCUGAGAAGGACGCCGAGACCAAGGACUCGACCCCGGGUAUCCGUGAGCGUGGGAGCGACGUUGUCGCCGACGUCGUUGCCAGACUCCUCGCCCGCGACAGCUUGGAUGGCGACGAACUGGACGAGGAGCAGCAGCUCCGCAGGGCCAAGAUCACCCUUGACCAGUACCUCGCGUACCUCCGCAACGGACUCAACACGUGCUACUACUGCGUUGUCCCGACUGCAUUCCCCGAGGAGCUUCAGCGCAAGUGCGUGGGUCACGUUCGCGCUCAGCCCGAGGAGCCAUCAGCCGCGACAGAGGAGAAGACUCGGGGUGAUGAGAAUGGCCGCGGCGAGGAGGCCAAGGCCGAGGGCGAGGGCGAUCUUGAAAUGAACGACGGUGACGAGGCGACUCGGGAAGGACGCGACGAGGCGAGCCGCGAACGACGCGACUCGGUUGCCAAGGCAGAGGGCAACGGCAAGCAGCGCUACACCUACCCGUCAAAGAGCAACGACGAAAAGUGGAUCGAGAACCUCGACCUAAGGACACGCGCCCUCAUUGAGGACGACGUCGAUGUCGUCGAGUACGGCGGCCGCGACAUUGAAGACGAGACCAAGCGCCUGACCGCGCCGAGCAUCAAGCAAGAAGAGCAGGACAAGUACCGCUGCAAGGCGUGCUCCAAGCUCUUCCGCGCGCCCGAGUACGUCAUCAAGCACGUCGUUUCCAAGCACCCCGAGACCGUCAAGGACAAGCUCGACGACCUGGCCGUGUUCAACGCGUUUGUUCUCGACCCGCAGCAUAUCCACCCAUCAAGCACAACACCUGCUGCCAUUGACGACCAGCUUCCGCUGUCGUCCGGCGUCUUGCCGGCCUUCAACCCGACCAAGGCGACGCAGGCCAUGUUCAACCAAGCCGCCAACCAGCCCGGCUUCAACAUGGCCAUGCAACAGCAAAUGAUGAUGAUGAUGCACAUGCAGAUGAUGAUGCAGCAGGGAGGAGGCGCGGGUGGGGGAGCUGGACCCAGCGGCGGACCUGCUGGGCCUUCUCCCUCUGGCUCCAAGGGCCAAACCCGCGACGCCCCCCUGGGUGCUCUUCCUCCUGCUCCCCCCGGCGGCGAGGACCCUCGCGCUCGCAAGGGCCGACUCAGCUACCGGGAUCUCGACGAGGCGGCUGGUGGCGGAGACGGUGGUCUCCCGUACUAG